AUGGAGAUCGAGGUCGACGACGACCUCUUGCGGACGGUCGCGUCAGGCGGUCACAUGGACUACGGUCUAUGGCCUGCCAUGUCGCAAGACAUCAUCACGAGGCUAGAUAAGGGCGCGCUCACACGCCAACAACAACCGCCACCCCUCGAGCCCGCCGCCGAACCCUCGUCGUCACAGGAAGCAGACAAGGAGAACAGCCGACCGACCGCCCCGGCCCCGGCCGCCGAAAGCGAUGCGACCGACGCCGCCGCUGCCACAACGGACCCGGGUUCCCUACCGGCCCAGAUCGAGGCCAUGCUCAUCGAGAUCAAGUCCGUCCUCGCCAGCUUCCCAAAGUACCCCCCGCAUACGAUCCAGCGCCUCGCGGAGCUCGUUAUCGAGCCACGCCGCCAUUACCGCCACCUGGCCUCCUACCUCCACGCCGUCGACCGAGUUGUUCAUGUCACCAGCGGCGCAAACAUCUACCCCCUCCCGCCCGCCAUCCCCGACGUCUCGGCCAUGACGCUCCUCUCCAACGGCGCUCUCGGCAGCAAUAAUAACAGCAACGCAAACGGCUCCUCCUCCCCCCCGGACCCCGCCGCCGCCGUCUCCUGGGGCAACUCGACAAACUCGGUCGCCUCGACCGUCGGCACCGACGAAGCCCUCGGUGGCGCCCUACUAACCCCCAUCCCCUGGCUCACGCGGCGGCCCUCCCCGGGCUCCGCCUCGCCCGCCUCCUCCAGCGGCGGCGGCUCCAACAGCGGGCCCGCCGAGAUCCGCACCGAGUCCACGGAGACCAUCGACGGCCCCAACGGCGUCGGCAGCAUCGAGACCGUCAGCGUCAGCGUCAACGGCAUUCCGUCCAUGGGUGCCACGGGCCACAUCAGCACGGCAGGCGGCCCAGCAGCAGGCCCAGCAGGCAUAACGCAAGGUGAGUUACUGCGACAGGAGCAGGAGCAGGGCGUCGUUCCAGUCAACCAACUCGCGCGACACACAGAAGAAGCACAUCUGCAGGCCGCCGCCCUCCGCGCCGCCGCGGCCGCGGGCGGCUCCUCCUCCCCUGGCAGCGGUGGUGAAAGCGGCGGCGGCAACAGCCCCGAGAAGCAGCAACCUGGCGGUGGUGCUGCGGCUGAAGACGAGAGCGAGGUCCCGCACGCCCGCGGGCCCGAGGAGAUUGGCGCCGAGGACCUCGGCCCGCAGAGCGUCACGACGAGCUUCGUCGGCGGCCCGGGCAUGGAGAUGCAGGGCAUCGACGUCGAGGCCGCCGUGGGCCGCAAGGCCGCGUCCAACACGCCCCCGGCGGCUGACGGGGACUCGCAGACGGAGGACGCCUCGUCGGUGACGAUGGAGGCGGAAUCCACCACUGCCGGCGACGACGCCGCCUCGGAGACGAGCACCGUCACGUCACAUUCCAAACGGGAUGCGGACGCGGAGCUCGAGGGUCUCGCGAGCAAGAAGAUCAAGGAGGGCGAUGGGGACGUCGUCACCGCGGGCGAGGAUGCUCCCCCGGUGAAGAAGGAAGAAGACGACGACGAGAAGAAGGAUGGCGAGGUCAAGGAGGAAGCCGACGCCGAGGUGAAGCCCAAGCAGGAAGACGAGGACGAGGAGGAAGAGGAAUCAGAGGCCAAGGUGCCCAAGGUUGAGGACGAGGAGAAGGAGAGAACUGCUCCGCCGCCCGGGAUUGAGUAG